AUGGGUUGUCGACCAAGCUCCUUUCCUAUUGAAUCAAAUCUAAAACUCGAUAAAGGUGAAAAGGAGAAUCGAGUAGAUGCCACCUCGUAUCGGCGCUUAAUUGGCAGAAUGUUAUAUCUACAGGUUACAAGACCAGACAUUGCCUAUGCUGUUAACGUGUUAAGUCAGUUUGUGGCUGACCCAAGGAAAAAUCGUAUGGAUGUUGCAAAUCGGGUACUUCGUUACUUAAAAGGAACAGUAGGACAGGGUAUUUUACUCCCACGAGCUGGCGAACCCGUCUUAACUGCUUAUUGUGACGCAGACUGGCUUGGAUGCCCCUAUUCUAGACGUUCGAGAACCGGAUAUCUUCUCCUUUUGGGUGGUGCUCCUAUUUCUUGGAAGUCCAAGAAACAAUCUCUAGUCUCUCGUUCCUCUGCAGAGGCUGAAUAUAGAGCCAUGGCAUCCACCGUUAGUGAAAUCUUAUGGGUCCGAUGGUUACUUAAGGAUCUACAGAUCAUCCUGACAGCUCCAACAACUCUCUUCUGCGAUAAUCAAGCAGCUCGUGACAUUGCUAACAACCCAGUUUUUCAUGAACGAACCAAACAUGUUGAGAUGGACUGUUACUUUGUUCGAGAGAGAGUUGAAUCCAAAGAAAUCAUGACAAUGCAAAUAAACAGAAAAGAUCAGAUUGUAGAUUUACUCACAAAAGGUUUGGGAUCUCAGCAACUCCAAACGUUACUUGUCAAGAUGGGCAUUCGAAACUUACAUGCUCCAUCUUGA